UAUCUCUUGCAUUAUUCACACAUGCCACGUCGCGUAGUCGAGGUUGUUGAGUCGGUGUUGUUCAAUAAAUCUAUAUAAUCUCGUAUGAAACGUGUCUGCACUUCUGUCUUCUCCAUUAUAUAACACCAAUUAAAUAUUUUCUAUCCAUUAAAAAUUACAUUAUAGAUCAAGCUGGAGAGAAAUAGUGUCAGAUAAGACGCGAACAAGAUACUAAGAGAUUUAUUCAUUAUUUCUGUCGUUUGUUUAUUACUAAUAUUAUUAUAAUUAUUAUUAUUAUUAUACUGAAAAAUAUAUGAAAUGGCACUAUCUGUAAGAUCGAAAUUAUUUAGAAUAUUAAAAAGAAAUCCAUCGGCAAGUGAAAGAUGUCUCUCUUCUGCUUUCAUUUUGACAGGAAAACCAUUCAAUUAUCUAGACCCUUUUAAUAUUGAAUCUCUGUAUACUGAAGAAGAAAGAAUGAUAAGAGAUCAAACGCGUGCUUAUUGUCAGGAAAAAUUACAACCUCGUAUAUUACUCGGAUUUAGAAAUGAAUACUUUGAUAAAGCAAUAAUAAAAGAAUUUGGUGAACUUGGUGUACUUUGCUGUACUUUAAAAGGCUGGGGUGCUGCCGGUAUUUCUUCAGUAGCUUCCGGUCUUAUUAGCAAAGAAAUUGAAGCUGUGGACGGAGGAUACAGGACAUCACAUUCUGUCCAAAAUCUUGUUGCUGUUACAAUAGAAUCUUGGGGUACUCAAGAACAGAAAGAUAAAUAUUUACCGAAAUUAAUUUCUGGAGAUAUAAUUGGAUGCUUCGGACUGUCUGAACCAAACCACGGCAGCAAUCCAAGAUUAAUAGAAACACGAGCUAUUUAUAAUGCAGAUAAUAAAACUUAUAAAUUAAGAGGCAACAAAACAUGGAUCACCUCUUCUCCGAUUGCAGAUCUUUUCCUAAUUUGGGCACGUUGCGAUGACGGGGAAAUACGCGGAUUUUUAGUCGAUCGUAAGGGUAAUGAAGACCAUAUAAGUACACCUGAAAUAAAGGGUAAAAUGUCAAUGAAAGCUUCUAUAACUGGAAUGGUAUUAAUGGACGAUGUUAUAAUUCCCGAAGCAAAUCUUAUUCCAGGCAUUACAGGGCUCAAAGGACCGUUUGGUUGUGUAAAUCAUGCGCGUUAUGGUGUUGCAUGGGGAACACUCGGUGCAGCUGAAACGUGUUUCAAAACAGCACUUCGAUAUUCAUUAGACAGAAAACAAUUUCAAAGGCCUUUGGCUGCUAAUCAGCUGAUACAGAAAAAGCUCGCUGAUAUGGUGAUUGAUAUUGCCACCAGUUUGGAAGUUUGCGUACGUGUUGGCAGACUCAAAGAUGAACAUAAAGCGACGCCGGAAAUGAUUUCGAUAAUAAAAAAAAAUUCAGCAUCUAAAGCUCUUAAUAUUGCAAGAAAAACGAGAGAAAUUUUAGGAGGAAAUGGAAUUUCAGAUGAGUUUCACGUUAUGAGACACAUGGUUAAUCUUGAAUCUUCAAUUACUUAUGAAGGUACUGAUGAUGUUCAUAGUUUGAUUCUUGGACGUGCUAUCACUGGCAUUGCUGCAUUCAAAGGAUAAAUUGUCAUUACUUUUUAAUCAAAUAUAAUACGUAUAUUUUUAAUAUAAAAUUGAUACUUAUUUUAUUCUAACAAAUAGAAAUUAAUAAUCACAAGCAAUAAAUUAAGUAAAUAAUUGUAAGCAAUAGAUUAUUGCUAGAGUAUAAAAAAUAAGAAGGAAUUAUAUACAUAGUAAAUUAAUUUUGCUCAAUUUGGAAACGAAAUUUGAAUAAUUUGAUAAUUAUUCAUAUUAAAAUAUACUAAUUAAAAUUAUUUACACAAACACUGAUAUUAAUCACUCACUUUGUAACCCACUUUCUGGACCCACACUUUGUAAUUUAAAAAAAAACGCUAAAUUCAGGGUGCGAGCAGCUGUAACGUAGCGCAUUUCGGAAUGCACCCUUAUUAAUUAUUAUUAUUACUUGCGCGGUAAAUUUAAAUAUUUGAAAAAUAAAUUAUUAGAAAUUGGAGAAAACUAAAAAUCGAACGUCAAAAUGAAAUGGCGGCAGAAUAUGAUAGAAAAAUAUUAAAAAAAUUUAAAAAAAAAACACGCAAGUGUUUGAACAAACCUUUGUGAGGAAAUAAUAUGCAGAAGAGUGUUCUAAUAUACUUGGAGAUUUAAUUUAAAUUGCUCCAAGUGUAUUGCAGCUAAAAAAAUCCGUCUAUCGGUUGACCCUGCGGGCCAGCCCCAAAACUUCCCGCUGUUUUCGAGCUCCUCGAACUCGAAAACAUUGUUGUGGAUACAUUUUCGACCUCUUCGAGCUCGAAAAUACUUUUGUGUGCCAUUGUUUUCGAAAAAAACCGAUUUUAGCAUUUCAUUCUCCCACGAUAUCUCAGGAACGAAUUGACCGAUUUUGAUGGUUGAGGUAGCAAUCGGCGUAUUUUAUUGAGUUCUAGAGCUGAUAAAAUUUUGAAAUUGUUUGGUUCAGUUGUUUCGAAGAUAUUUGCAAAAAACCGUUUUUUGCCAUUUCUUUUGCCCGCGAUAACUCUCGAACGAAUUAUCCAAUUGAGAUGGCUAAGGCGGCAAUCAAGUUUUAGAGUUGAUUAGAUAUUGGAGUUGAUCGUAUAAGUCGUUUCUGAGAAAUCAAUAAAAAACUAAAAAAAAAAAUUUUUUUUUUCGUAAUUCGCCAAUACUAUCGAGUCUACUUGAUCAAAUGAUCUGAAACUUUCAGAAAAGUUGAUGGCCAACAAGCUCUUUCGAUUGCCGCCUCACCAUCCAAAUCGGUUCAUUAGUUAAAAAGUUAUAGACCGGUCACACACACACACACACACACACACACACACACACACACACACACACACACACACACACACACACACACACACACACACACACACACACACACACACACACACACACA